AUGGCUUCAAAAUCAAUAAUUCUCCCACCCUUAGUUCCAUAUCCCAAGCUAUCAUGGAGGUCGAAUAUGCUACCUGAGGAGUGGGAGGCUUGCUUGGAUGCCUGGCUAUCUCUAAUCGAGGCACACCUCUCCAUGUCAACUCCAGAUUUUAUGCGGAUAUCAGCAAAAGAUGAAUCUCUACCAGACUUCCUGCUUUCUUACUUUGCCGAAGUAGCUCUAUCACAUGAUGAGAACUUGUCAACAAAUCCCUCAAAGUUCAAGCAGCUACGCAAGCAAGCAUACCUUCUAUUCUAUAAGUUGAUCACCGUGGAUAAAUCACCGGAAUCUUUAUUGCGCUGGGAGAUUCUUGCAGAUGUAUGUAAAGUGUAUGGAAAGGAAAGGGGCGGCAAAGUCACUACAUUAGCAUGGAGCAAGCACUCUACGGCAAUCGAGGCUUCGUUGAGCAGUGUCAAGAGCUUGUUGACAGAAGAACUGGAUGCUGGCCUUAAGGGAGACCUCAAAGGCUCCGAGAUACUACUGAGACGACUAAAUCAUUUGCUAUUCGCCUCUCCUGAAGCAGCCUCAUUCUUCAUGGCUGGGGAUGAUUUCGUGGAUGCUCUUAUAAGUUGUUACAAGCUCAUGAAUCCACCAUUGCGCAAAGCCAUUCUCUCCACUAUGUAUCUUUGUAUUAUUGGACUUACAGAAGGUCCCAAACCACGAUUUUCGUCUCUUAUCGACCAACUUUAUUCACUGAAUGCUGCAGCUGAAGCACAUAAGAAAGGACCAAUCAAUGUGGACGACUCGCUAGUUGCUGAAUUGGUCACAGUGACACCCGUGCUAAAGCAAAUUCAAGAAAGAAUUGAUGCUAGUGGCUCAGAAUCGAGCAGAGCGAAAUCUAUAAUCACAACUUUACAAGGCUUCUGUAAACCUGGAGGCGGUGGAAGGCCACGCCACAUUACCAAGAAGAAGCCCAAUAAGGGUAAGGGCUUGGCCGACGCUGGUGGUCAAGGGAAUAGCCAUAUGCAUGUUCAUCAAAUGAGCCUAAUAUCACAAAUUCAGGAUUUGUUUCCAGACCUUGGGUCGGGUUUUAUUGUCAAAUUACUUGGAGAAUAUCAUGAUAACACGGAAGAAGUUAUAUCUCAUCUUCUGGAUGGAUCUUUACCGCCAAGUCUAAAUAAUGCUGAUCGACAUGAAAUUCUAAAAAUUCCCAACGGACCAUCUUCAGGCCACGCUGACCUAGCACCUCAUUCAACCCCUCCGCAAUUUCCUACCCGCCGCAACGUCUUUGAUGAUGACGAGCUUGACCAGCUCACAGUUGAUGCCUCUCGCCUACAUUUCGGUCGUCGGAACCUUGACCAAACAGCCGAUGAUGUACUUCAAGAUCGCUCUACUGCCCCCAACAAGGCCGCCAUUUUAUCUGCACUUGCUGCUUUCGACUCAGAUGAUGAUGAAAGAGACGACACAUACGAUGUCGCCGAUGUAGGGGGAACUGUUGAUUCCACCAACCCUGAAGAGCCCAACCCAGAGAACAAUCUGCAACAAAGUGCACAUGAUGAAGCCCUCUUCCGUGCCUACAAGUCAUCACCAAGCAUCUUUGCUAGAGAUGCAACCACCCGUAGAAGCAAGGAAAGGGCAGCCAUAAGGCAAGAAACAGGCAUGACUGACGAAGCACUUGAGGGAUGGGCGGUCAUGCUUUCUCGCGACCCUAGACAAAUGCGAAGACUUGAAACUAGAUUCGCUACUUUCAAGGGCGAACAAGCAGAAUUGGAAAGUACGGCGUGGAGAGCUGUCGAGGGAGAGGAAGACGGAAAUGGAAAUGGAAAUAGGGGUAGAGGUGGAAGAAUUAGGGGGCAGGUACGAGGUGGGAGAGGUGGUGGUGGCGGAGGGGGAAGAGGCGGUGGAAAUGUAUCGGGUACGAGUGGCAACAAAGACACUGACGUGGCCAGGCAGAGGAAGGAGGCGAAUAAGGGAUCGAGGGCCAAUCACAAUCGGAGGGAGGGAAGAGCGAGGAAGAUGGCUAGGGGAGGAUUUCCAGGGUAG